GUGGCAGCCAGCCCACACCCAUGCCUUCCUGACUCCUGGUGAGCCCUGGAGUGGUGACAGCAUGUCUGCAUGGCGCUGUGCAGCCCCAGCUUGGGGCGGGAUAGGAAGAGAACAGGGCUAGCGACACAGCAGGAAGGAAACUGCUCACACUGGGGAAAAUCACUUGGCAGCACAGUGGUCUUGCAAGGAAAUCACCCUAGCUGUGCUAUCAAGCAUCCGAAAAUACUGGUUGGAAUUGAAAACAUGCCUGGGGAAACACCCACAGCAUGACCCAUCUGGGGAGGAGUAGACAGCCGGGAAUGCUGCCCCACUGCCCUGGCUGCUGGGGCAAGGGAUGUGCUGGGAGGAGAGCGCUGCCAGCCACGGUGUGACGCAGCACCGGGUGCUGAUGGGAGCCAAAGUCAGUGACAUACCUCCAUGGCUUCGUUGGAUGUGUUGGUAAGUGUGCCUGCCCAAGGAUGGAGCCGGGAAGCUCCUGACACUGCUGAGAUGCUGUCCCCAGGGGCACCUGGCCAGGCGUUCUGCUGCUCCAGAAUGGACCUGGCUGAGGCUUGAGUCGCUGCUGCGGGGGAGAAAGAAAAUCUGCAUCCCUGCAGCCAGAGCCAGAUGGGGGCGCAAAGAGGUUUCCUAGCCUGGGGGCCGUUCCUGGAGCAUGGGAGAGCGGGGGUCCCCAUAUCGGCACUGGGACCGGUGGCACUCAGUGCUUGGUUCCUCGAGCUGCAGCCAGUGAGGAGUGGGGCAGAGCUGCACAGCGCGUAUUGCCCUAUCCAUCCAGACCUUAUCAGUGGUAGGAAAGCCUUGCUUGUAGAUGUGAAUGGCUUGUUGUCCCCUGGAGCAAGUGUGCAUCCCACAGAUGUGCCCAUGGAAGUGUUCUCUGUCCCCUGGCAUAGGUGGACCAAGUAGCAUCUUGUCAUGGCAAGCACCCACACAGAAGAGCCACUUGCUGAGGACACAGCCGACCAUGAUGCACACAUCUAUGAGGAGGUGAUGCUCUGUGAGAGGAUGGAGCACAGCCAGCGGCUGGCUGUGGAGGAGCUCAUCACCACUGAAGCCAGCUAUGUGCACAACCUCCAGCUGUGCCUGUCCGACAUCCGGGCGCACCUCCAGAAGAAGCAGCUGCCUGGUCUUGACCUGGAAGGACUCUUCUCUAACAUUGAUGACAUCCUCCAUGUCUCCAGACGGUUCCUGAGGGGACUUCAGGACACUGCUACCCAGGAGCAUGAGCAGCUGCUCAGCAUCAGCACUCUGUUCCAGGAGUUCAAGGAGGAGAUGGAGAUGGUCUACAAGAUCUACUGUGCUAGCUAUGAGCAUGCCCUCCUCCUGGUGGAGAGCUACCGCAAGGACCCCAGGCUGCAGGAGGAGAUCAUGGAGACCCUGAGCACGACAGUGCCUCACACGAGCGCCUCGGACCUCAGCUUCUUCCUGGUGAUGCCGGUGCAGAGAGUCACCAAAUACCCACUGCUGCUGGGCAAGAUCCUGGAGAACACCCCUGCCAGCACCAGCUCUCAUGCAGCCCUCGCUGCAGCCGUGCGUGCCAUGACCCAGGUCAAUGCCAACAUCAACGAGUACAAGCGGCGCCGGGAAGUGGCCACCAAGUACAACAAGGCUGAGCAGCUGACGCUGCGGGACCGCUUGGCUCGGCUCAACACCCAUUCCAUCGCCAAGAAGACCACGCGGCUGAGCCGGCUCCUCAUGCACGAAGCCGGCAUCGUGGCCAAGACAGAGGACAAGGAGUAUGAUGACCUGGAAGAGAAAUUCCAGAGCGUGGCAUCCAGUGUGGUUGCACUGAAGGAGAACGUGGCAUCCUACCUGAAGCACUUAGAGGCAUUCCUGCUGCCUACCCCACACAAGUGUGAGCUGCAGAUGGAGGAGGGCCCUGCCCAGCAGUACCGCCGCCUCGCAGAGCACCUCCACUGCGCUGUGUUCCCAGAGUUUAGGCGCCGGCUGGACAGGCUUGUCUGGCAGCCGCUCUGCAGCCUGGCAGAGAUGCUGGUGGGGCCGCAGCAGCUGGUCAAGAAGCGCCUGGACAAGCUGCUGGACUACGAGGAGAUUCAGGAGAGGAGGAGCGAAACGGGCAAUGUGACAUAUGAUGAGGAAGCAGCCAUGAACACCUAUCUGGCCAUCAAUGCCCUGCUUGUGGCUGAGCUCCCGCGCUUCAACCAGGUGGCCAUGCAGCUCCUGGAACAGCUCCUGGGCUCCUUCUGCGUCCUGCAGCAGGACUUGGCUGCAGAGGUUCUGCAUGAGGCUAAAAAGGAACUAGAGCAGAUGCCCCAUGGCCACAUGCUGCUGCCCGCUUUCUGGAGGCUGGUGGAGGACACCCUGCAGCAGUCAGGAGUUCAGCUCUCUACCUUCAUCCAGGCAUUUGAGACUGUCACACCAAGCCCUGUGCCACAGCCCCUGAACCCUGCUGAGGAGCGGAAGGUCCUUUCCCUUGUGAACAAACACGGUAAAGACAAGCUUUACCAAGUGACAAGCAACAUCAGUGGCAGCAAAGACAUGGACCUGACCUUGCAAAGGGGGCAGAUUGUGGCUCUGCUGCAGAGUGUGGAUACUAAAGGCAACAAGGGCAGAUGGCUUGUGGAUGCUGGAGGUCCCCGAGGGUUUGUGCCUGCUGCCAAACUCCAGCCCUAUUGCCUGGGACCAAGCCAGCAGCCCAGGAUGCAGAUGUCAGCCCUGGAGAGUGGUACAGAGAGAAGGCGACAUUCUUAUGUGUCACCUGAAGCUCCUAAACCCCAGGUGGCCACAUUCACCCCGGCUUUCCAGGUGGUCGCUGGCUUCUCCUUCACAGCACGCAGCCCGCAGGAGCUCAGCCUGCAGGCAGGGCAGCCCGUGGUGGUGCUGGAGCCGCACGACAAGAAGGGCAGCACUGAGUGGAGCCUGGUGGAGGUGAACGGGCAGCAGGGCUACGUGCCCUCCAGCUACCUGCGGACAGUCCCUGUGCAGGAGCCCAUGGGCUGGAAUCUGCCCGUGUGAGCAGCACCAGCGCAGCACCUGAUGGGUUCGUGCCGCUCACGGAGGAGAGCUGUCUGAUUGGCACCUGAUGAGCUCGUUGCUGAGGGAGUGGCUGCACAGCCCUUGCCUGGGGAAGCAGCAGAAUGUGGCCCAGGGGCGGUUGCAAGUGGGGAGAUGUGCUUUGUGCAGCUGUGCACAAGGGCAGGAAAGUGCGAGGGUGCCACGUCCAUGUGUGUUUGCUUCUGGCUGGGCAGCACGGAGAGAAGACUUGGGAUGGAGUGACAUGUGGCUGCAGUUCGGCAGGGAUUCAUUUUGGUGAGAAAAAUGCCUGUAGUGGUGAUGAGAGAACCAUCCCUGAGUAAAUCACGUCUGAGCUGCAAA